CAGAGUAUAGGCUUUUCUUUUCCAUAUCACUAUAGUUACUUUCUCUCCAGGCUCUACUUUUAAGAUGAUCCUAAUGUCCUCUGUUGGUUAAGAAAGUCCUCUAGUAAUGUUGACAGCAGUGUCAUUUAUUUUUAUGACAACCAAGUAACAAAUUCUGCUACACCUAAGAAAGGUCUCCUUUUUUCUGGAGUAUUAAACUAUAUGUGGCCUUUAAGAAUUCUUACAUUGGGGUUGGGGAUUUAGCUCAGCGGCAUAAGCGCCUGCCUUGUAAGCAGGCAGUCGUGAGUUCGAUCCCUGGUACCGAUAAAAAUGAAAAAGACCAAAAAAAAAGAAUUCCUACAUCUAAGUUAGAGAAGAGGAAACAGCUUGUACAGUUAAAAAGCAUUUAUCCUUAGGAAUCAUUGUCUCUGUGGGCCUUUCCACCUUCUCAGAAAAACUCCCUCUGCUUUUUUUGUGUUAUUAGAGACUAAUCUUAGGGCCCCUACAUGAGAACUUACCCUUUUUGGCGUGUUCUGAUAUCUGAAUGGAAAGGUGAAUGUUUGACAUCAUGUGUCAUUAGCUCAUGGCUCAAAUUUGCCAGUCUCUGCAGCUCUGUGGUAAAGUUUGAGUGUAUGUAGUCUGUCUUAUAUACUUGGCCUCAUGCUGCUGUUGUGGUCCAUGAAUCUGAGAAGAGUCUGCAGCAUGAUGAUUACUUAAGACCUUAGGAGUUUUAGAGGAAUGAAGUAAGAAGCUUACUUUACAUCUGUAACCUUUUGGCUGGGGGCAGGGAAUGAAAUUUCUAACCUUUGCUUUCUAAAAGAAUUUUGCACACCUAGUUUCCUUUCUGAACAUUCUUUAGCACUGGAACCAAGGGCUAAAGUUAAAGCCCUGCAAACAAUGUAUAGCACUAUGUUUUAAUUUUCUCAGAAUUUUCCUUGUCAUUGUUUGUUAUAAUGACAGAAAGCAGUAAUCCUUCUCCUACCCCUCAGAAACAAAACAAAACAGAUGCUUGAAGUGUAGUUUUUGUCUUUAGGUCAAAGGUUUUAGUUCUAAAUUUUCUAAUGCAGACUGUAGAAGAAUACAGUAUGAAAUAGCUUUUGAAAAAUGAAGGGAAAACUUUCACGUGCUAAAGCCCUUUUGAAUUUUGUCAUUCUAAAAUGCUGCCUUUUAAUUUGGGGAUUUCAGUGGAAUAUUUCCCUUAAAUGUUCCAGUACUAGUUGUCAGAGAAAUACUGCUAGGCAGUAUUGUUAACUAGAGAAAUAAGUCUAUCAGUUCCACUUAGAUAACCUUUAGUAAUAAACGAACUCCAUACAUACUGUGACCUUAGAGCCUGAACUUUGUAAUCACAUGACUGGCUUGUAAACUGACCUGUGAGGAUGACUGUCGUAGUCCGUCCGCCUUAGAGAAAGAAAUUGACCAAGUGUCGGAAGGGUGGUCAUCAAGCUGGACUUGUCCUAUAAUCUCUGUUUCUUCAUGGCUGCAACAGAACUUCUCAGCAGACUCCAAGAAGCAUGAAAUGGAGACAUGGGAAGUUUCUGUUCCAGAUGAUCGAGCUGAACAACGAACCUGCCUCAUUUGUGGGGACCGUGCCACAGGCUUGCACUAUGGAAUCAUCUCCUGUGAGGGCUGCAAAGGGUUUUUCAAGCGGAGCAUUUGCAACAAACGGGUAUAUCGCUGCAGUCGUGACAAGAACUGUGUCAUGUCUCGGAAGCAGAGGAACAGGUGCCAGUAUUGCCGCCUACUCAAAUGCCUCCAGAUGGGGAUGAACCGGAAAGCUAUCAGAGAAGAUGGCAUGCCAGGAGGCCGGAAUAAGAGCAUUGGGCCCGUCCAGAUAUCAGAAGAAGAGAUUGAAAGGAUAAUGUCUGGGCAGGAGUUUGAGGAAGAAACCAAUCACUGGAGCAACCAUGGUGAUAGCGACCAUAGUUCCCCUGGAAACAGGGCUUCGGAGAGCAACCAGCCCUCACCAGGCUCCACGCUGUCCUCCAGUAGGUCUGUGGAACUAAAUGGAUUCAUGACAUUCAGGGAGCAGUACAUGGGGAUGUCUGUGCCUCCACAUUAUCAAUACAUUCCACACCUUUUGAGCUAUUCUGGCCAUUCACCACUUCUGCCCCCACAAGCUCGCAGCCUGGACCCCCAGUCAUACAGUCUGAUUCACCAGUUGAUGUCAGCCGAAGACCUGGAGCCACUGGGCACACCCAUGUUGAUCGAAGAUGGAUAUGCUGUGACACAGGCAGAGUUGUUCGCCCUGCUUUGCCGACUGGCUGACGAGCUGCUCUUUAGGCAGAUUGCUUGGAUCAAGAAGCUGCCUUUCUUCUGUGAGCUGUCAAUCAAAGAUUACACGUGCCUCUUGAGCUCUACAUGGCAGGAGUUAAUCCUGCUGUCGUCCCUCACGGUUUACAGCAAGCAGAUCUUUGGGGAGCUGGCUGAUGUUACUGCCAAAUACUCACCCUCUGAUGAAGAACUGCACAGAUUUAGUGAUGAAGGCAUGGAGGUAAUCGAGCGGCUCAUCUACCUGUAUCACAAGUUCCACCAGCUGAAGGUCAGCAAUGAGGAGUAUGCGUGCAUGAAAGCCAUUAACUUCCUAAAUCAAGAUAUCAGGGGUCUGACCAGUGCCUCACAGCUGGAACAGUUGAACAAGCGAUACUGGUACAUUUGCCAGGAUUUCACUGAAUAUAAAUAUACACAUCAGCCCAACCGCUUUCCUGAUCUCAUGAUGUGCUUACCUGAGAUUCGAUACAUUGCAGGAAAGAUGGUGAAUGUCCCCCUGGAGCAGCUGCCCCUCCUCUUUAAGGUGGUGCUGCAUUCCUGCAAGACAAGUGUGGUCAAGGAGUGACCUGUUCCCUGCGAACCCUCAGGCAACCACAGAGCCUUGGGUAGGCAGGACAGGCUCAGGAAGAGAGAGCCAGAGACCAAGGUGGAGGCGUGAUGCAGUUGCCUCCAUAACAAGAAGAGUGUUUGUUUGUUUGUCUGUUUUUUUAACCUCAUUUUUCUAUAUAUUUAUUUCACGACAGAGUUGAAUGUAUGGCCUUCAACAUGAUGCACAUGCUUUUGUGUGAAUGCAGCAGAUGCAUUUCCUUGCAGUUUACAGAAUGUGAAGAUGUCUGAUGUUACAGUAUUGUCAUUGUUUAGUGAUAGUUCUUUUGUAUUUUGAGGGAGAGGGUGGGGUGGGCUGAGAUGACUGUUUCCGUAUUAACAAAGAUGACUACCUCAAUGGAAGUGGGGGUGUGACCAUCCCUACUAUUUCCACUUUUUCUGAGCAGACGUGUGUAUUCGUCUGUCAGAGAGCAAACUGCCUUUUUCUAGCCAUAUGCUUGUCAGGAAUACACCAAAGGGGUGAAGUGGUGGUAGGGAUUCACUGAGUGAGAUGGGCAAGCCGUGUGGAACAGGAAGUGAGGGCUGAGCCAUCUUGAUGGAAAGCGUGAGAGUUCAGAGCAGAGCUCCAUGACCAGAUGUAAAGCAGGUAUCCUCUCAGCAGGUCGCACGUAGGGGCGAAAAGUCUUCUGUUCUCACACCCUGCUGCCCUCCUCUCCCUGCGCCUCCACCAUCCAUGUCUGCCACUGUCAACUAUUCAUCCAACAAAGGUGUGGCACUAAGUCAGUCCCUCGACUUGCCUACGAGCUCCGCUAGGGCUUACGGCUACCUAGGUUCCUGCUUGAUCUUCUAAGACCUGCCCUCUCAGACUUCUUCCCGCUCCCUUGUAAGUUUGACUUCCUCACAACCCUUUGAAAAACUGACCAAAAUGCCAUGUUCUGAAGCACAGUGCCCACUACUGAUUUAUUCUCCUCUCACCUCUUUGCUUCAAGGGGUGGGAAGACGAAGGCAAAACUGCUGAACUAUUCCUCCUUUAGAAUCCCCUGCCCUACCACCACCUCCAUCACCCCACCCACAAGACUGAAUCUAAACUUCAUCUCUUUUUUAGAUAGUGGAAAGGACCAUUCACCCUUCUGCUGGCCAAAAUUUAAACUUCUGAAUCCUACUCCCAAGUUCUCCUAAUCUCUCCAUAAUGAGAUCAGGUUUUCCCAGGGCCCCAGAACAGAAAGCCUAGAGUAGCCCAGCUACCCUUCUGUGAAUCAGUGCCUGGCCAACCAAGGCCUGGAAGACUGGGGCCAAAUGCACCUGGAAGGGAAGGGGGACUUUAAACUACCUCAUAUGCCUAAGGGCCUGUCUCCUGUCUCUGCAGAUAUGGCCUGUACCCCUUUUCUUUCCCUACCUGCCCCACCUAACCCCGGAAAGUGUUCUUGCCCCUCUGGACUUUGGCAAGGGCCACACUGUGUCUGUCUUGGAGCUCUUUCAGGUGCUUUUCUCCUUUUCUGCCUUAAUGCAGCAUUUGUUCCUGCCCACACUCAGGCACCUUCUGUAGCCAGUGCACCCUUGGGAGGACGUAAGGGACCCUCAGUACUUCCUGUGUCAUUUUGUUCAAAGAUUGUGCUUUCCUGACUCAGCUCGGUAAACCUACCCAGGUGAUCACAGUGUACACACACAGGGUAGUGUGCUUCGGUUUAUAAUUUUUUCUUUUUGGUGAAGUGUUACGGGUACCAACCAGCAAAGGAGCAAUGUUUAUCCUUUGCUGGAUCUAAAAUUCAGAGUGUUCCCCCUCAAUGCUAUUUCUCCAGCUGUGUAAGAGAGAGGAGACAUGUACCUUAGAAAAACUCCAACCAGCACGUGUCAUAUGACAGUGGGAAGAUUUAUGUGAUCGUGUGUGUCUUAAUUUGUAAGUUCACAGUAUUUUUCUUGCUUUCCUGAAGUUUUUAUUUAACCAACUAGAUCAUACCCUUUGGCUCCAGGUCAGAUUCCGAGCUGCUUUCCUCAAAUAGGAGAAGAGACACAUACACUGGAGACUCCUUCUCUAAGACGGCUCCUGUGUGCAGCAUCUUUUCUUGUUUAGACCUCCAUAUAUCAAAUUGUAUUUUUUUUCAAAUUACUAUUUUUUCAGAUUCCUUUUUAAAUUAAGCAUCCUACCCAUUGGGUUGAGUGUCAAAGGAAACUGCUCUCUGAUCAGGCAAGAACGUAUCCCUCCAAUCAUGUAGUAUUAAACAGAUCAAGUUGUUAAUUUGUGGAGUGGAGAAAGGUUCUGCAAGUUGCCAUUGUACAAAUCCAUUUUUACAAAUGUUUGCAGCAGAUUCCACAGAACAAAGAGCCCAUUCAUUGCCAAGAGCCCUGCAGAAUCUCUGAGCCAAGUGGCUGUGUGUUCCGAGCCGGAGCCUGACCUGUGGACCGUAUUUAAUGUCUUCUGCACCCAGUCCUUUUAUGACGUGGGCUUCUUUUAAACAGGGUAAAGUGAAUGUGUUGCAUUGCAAACUCAGGUAUUAUGAGGAGAAGGUAGGAGUAUAGCUAGCAGUGUGGAGACAUUAGGUCAGCCACUAGAUGUAUUUGUGAAUUUGGUUUGAAGGACACAGAGAAAGGUUGGAGGGGGAGGUUUGGCUUGUUUGUUUUUCGCAUAAUGUUUAGUGAACAGGCAGCCUUUUUGCUAGUAGAAGAAGAAAAAAGCUGUAUAUGUUGUUUCAAAUCCUCUGUCCUGUCUCUAUCCUAGCCACCAUAAGCACUCACUUUGAGUGAGUUUCCCACCAUAAAAAUAUGACCCUGUGAGCUGUGUGGAAAAGGAGAACCCCACCUCCUUGCACUAUAUUGAAACAUGCAAGCUUUUCCCUCCAUUUUGAACACUUCCUUGACCCAAGACAAUAGUUAGAUUCUUGGAGAUUCAUCUCUACUUCAUGCUUUCUGGCUCCCUUUGUGAACUAUGGAGUCCUUUGCACGGUGUGAUGUGCUUGCCCUUAUCUGGAGAAAUUUCCCAGGACCUGUCUAAGCACUCCACGUAGCUCAGAGGACACUAGCCCAUUGCCCAGCCUGUAAGAGGUGGGCCAGCCUCCAGCGAUAGAAAGGAGCAAGCAGGAAGUUUCCUAUCUGGAUCCCAGGAACAGAGCAGGCUCGGGAGGAGCCUAGGCAUCUGUAUGGCUUCCCCACCUCACACUAGCCUGCUGCUGCCCUGCCCUGCCUUUCAGGGAGGUAUCUGCCCAGGUCAGCACUGGCAGUACUUUAAAACCCUGGCCCCUCUGCUAGCCUCCCUGCUUUGCUACCCAUUCCCUGCAUUUACUUGUUCUUGGUUUCCUGGGGAAUGGGACAGAUGGGACAGACAAAUCAGUGUGGGCAGCAUCUACAUCAUGCCCAGGAUAGGCUAGAGUAAAGAGACCCUGGCUUCCCAGCAAGGAAGGAAGUUGGGCAGUGGCUCCAAACUCAUAGUUUCAGCCACCUGGUCUAUGUGCUUUUCCUUGUUACUUUUUAAAUUUUUGCUUUUAGGAAAUUUCAGUCCUCAGGCUAGUCCUUUUUAUUAAACUUUAAAUUUUUCUUUACUGAUUUUCUUGAAGGUUUAAAAAAAAAAAAGAACAGAAAAAAACCACCUCUAAAUAAAGGCCCCACUACUCUUUUUCUCCCCCACCUUGACCUAUGAGAGCCUCCUCCUCUGCCCCACACUCCCCUUUGCCUUUGCAGUUGACCAUCCUUCCUUUUUCCUCGGCUGGAAGCAUCUCCAUCCAGUGUCUAAAAUGAUGCUUCACCUGUGUCUCAGGAUGAGAGACGGCAAUCAUCCCACCAGGGGCUGGAAGCACGCGAGCCUUGAGGUCAGGGUUUCUAGGGCCACAGCUCAGGGAUGUGUAUUUAACUACAGGGUCCCAGAAACCCCUCUCUUGGCUGCCAUAAGCAACAUCUCCUUUUCUGGGCUUGGGAGCCAUACCCAGACUGUUUCCCUCAGAGGCAGGAGCCCCAGAGAGCCUGUGGCCUCCUCUUUGGCCUUCUUGGGCCACUUUGAGACUUGAAGACUUCUAACUGCCCUGCAGCAUGAGCCUUGGUGGCCCUGCCUCUGCCAGCUCGUGAGAAACCUGACUCCUCUGCCCAGUCUGUUCUCUGACCUCCUCCUUCUGGGCCUGCAGCCCAAGUGGGCCAUGGCAUGCUCAGGAAUCAGCUGUCAGCUCAAAAGGAAACUAGGAACGAGGCAGAGCCCGCUCAAAGUCCAAGAAAAACACUGUGAUCCUGGUGAAGGCUAGUCUUCCAAAUCCUGAAGCCAGCCCAGCCGGCCAAAGGAUCCUCUUUGCCCCUUGGUGACCCUUGUUUUCUUUGAUGAAAUGUCUUACUAUAGGUGAUAAUGUUGUUGACUCAAAUUUCCAUGAAAAACAAAAAAAAAAAAAAAAAAAAAAAAAAAAACUACCUCUCCAGUGACAUCCUGGUUGAUUCCUCUCAGAGGAAUCCUGUGGGAAAAGAAUACUGUAGCUCCCGCGCUGUUUACAUGUUUCUGUCGGGAAAGAAACCCUGCCUGCCCUGGGGUGUUGGUGUUUUUGUCUAUGUUGCCAUCCCAGGCCUGUGAUAGGGGCUUGUGGCUGCAUUGUAAUGUCUGGCUAUGUGUGGGGAGUCCUUCCCACCUGCCCAGCAAGGGACAAGCCGCCCCUCUUGAAGAGGUUUCCCCUCCUGAGCUCCAGGCAUGGGGGCACUGCCUCCCACAGCCCCCGACUCGGGGGCUCUGAUGGCACCUGUGUCAUGAGCCCAUCCUGGGCUGCACCCCUGGUCUACCUCCACCCACAGUCCCGGGGAAGAAUCGGGUAAACGGGAUGUCUCUGAGCCCUUGCUCCCAAAGGGCUGGCCAAGGGCUGCCUGCCAGCCUGGCACCAUCUACCCUGCAUGAUCAAACGGUAGUUGGCGGGCUCUGCAGGGUUCUCAGGCCCUCUGCUACCUCCCACACCUGCCUUCCGGCACGGGAUGGGCCCUGUUCUGUGAAUUGACUACCUGUGGAAAUGUGACCAGUUAGUGUGAAAUGCAUGUUUAGCAAGUAUUAGGUACUGUAUUGGAACCAAUAAAUGUGAAUCCUGCACAUGCA